GCAGUGGUACAUGGUUGAUCUUCCUGAACUGUUUCUUUGAGUUGUCCUGCUGGUUUUUGGAAGUCCUGUAAAAUCAGUGAAGCUGAAAUUUAAACCCCAAAAUUAAAAGAAGCCAUCCUUUGCAGACUUGAGGAUUGAAUGUGUAAAACUAAAUAUGUUUCUAUUAUGUAAAGUACAAUAGCCGGAUUUGUCUAAGUUCUUUGGGUAGGCUAUAGCAUUAACAAUGCCUGAGAGACAUCAGCUAGUUUGGCACCCAGUCAGCACAUGCAGGAGUGUUUGGAUCACCUUGGGCAAGGUCCUCUGUGUGUGUUCAUCUUGUUGCCAUGGUUCCUAUUGGAGCGUUUGACACAACAUCUGCAGCUUAUAGUGCCUCAUUACUGAUGAAAUCACUCCAGUGGAAAGUCAGCUCAUAUGGGUGUCCUUAGUGGGCUGCGCCGCUCCAGGUCCUCUUAGACCGCUCUCCUAAAGGUUAGCCGUGACAGUCAAGUACAAAAACAUCUGUUUAACAACAUGCGUCUAACCUAAUUGAGCCAAUGAAACCCCUUUUCCUCUGUUCUGAUGAUGUGAACUAUUUACUGGGAGAUUGGUUAGCGUCUGUUUGACGUUAGCUCUUGUGGGAAAGGCAGUUCACACCAUGGAGCACACAUAAAAAGUUCCAGGCUGCUGAGAAAGAGAGUGAAUAUGUGAACAGAAAAAGAAAAGUUUAUCAGGCAUUUGGGAACAGUUAACUAAGAGUCCCUGCAGGAAUUUGCUAUAAUGCUGGCAAAAAUAAGUCUAAUUUCUAUUGUUGAUACUACACGGGCAGUGGUCCUUCACUCACAUGAAUGUGCAUAACCUGUCUUAAAUAAAUUAGUAGUUUGGGUUUUGUGCUAAGUGAUCCUUUUGUAUGCCACAGAGCACAGAUGUUGUAGUAACCGAUGGUCUUCAUUAAUACAUGAGACAAUGCUGUGACAGGGGCCAACCUGAUAGCACUCCAGGCAGGCGUCCACUGGCUUUGUUAUUGCAUAUUUGUGCUGCUGCAGCAGGCUACACCCAGGCCGAGACAUUAACAUCACCACUGUGUCCGGGACACUCGCUAUUCAAAUGUCAGUUUCCACAAGUGAGACCAUCACAGCUCUUUUUUUGGUUUUGUGUUUUUGCAUCUGCAGAGGGUUUUCUUGUAGACAAAAGAUAAAGCUUAUGUAACUUAACUUUUGAGCAGACUUUCCCAAAGGCUUUUAAAAGGCAGAUAGUUUUUCCUAGUGAGAGUGUCAUCUGUUUUUGCCUCAGUUGCUGUUCCUCUUUUUUUUUCUUCUUCCCUGUGUAUAGGACCCAGACUCCUGCCAGAGAGCUGUGUUUUUUGGCAGAGAGGAGGGAAUGACGUCGACAGGCGUGGUAAUAACAAUGAGAACACUAUUAAGUCCAGACUACACAGACUCUCUGGUAGAAAUGUGGAGAAGAAGAAAGAAAACAUCUGAAGGGUGUGGCCAUGAAAUGCGAAAUAUAUGUAUUUAAAAACUCUCGUACCUGAGGUGCUUUAUUCAAAGCUUUCACUAGAACUGAAUCAAAUCAAACCACAUACUAUGGUAGUGGAGUUUCCUCUGAGUCGAGGAGUGCGCACCGAGCAGUACAGUACAUAGGAAAUGACUCAUAGGAGCUGAACUGUUAGCGUGGGUGUGUGCGCUAUUAAAACAAGGCGCAGACUCCUCCGGGUGACUCACUCUGAUGCUCGCUUUUCCAUGCUGAAAACCAGCACGGAUUGUUAAUCAGAUGAACUUUCGGGAAUUGUGUAGCCGACAGCGAGCAGCUUUUCACCCGCAGACAUCAUGGCUUCAAACGCUCUCUGCGCGCUCUGCGGACUUAUUAUAGCGGCCGUGACUCAUUUUCAUGCUGUGAGCGCACAAAAAAGUCAGUGUAGCAGUUCAGAGUUUUGGAACCCAGAUUUGGAUGUUUGUGUCCCGUGUGCAUCGUGCAAGCAGUACCCAAAGACCCCGUCAUGCAACACAUGUAAACCUGUGGAGGACACACCUGAUGUGUGGAAGCUGGCAGCCAUCACCAGUUUCUCGGUGCUGGCUGUCGUGCUGGUUGGUGCCGCAUUGAUCAUCGGGGUCAUGGUGCAUCGACGCAAGUCACACAAACGGCCUCUACGUGAACCCAUCGAAGAAACUGCAGGGCCACUUUAUCAAGCUUAAACAUUUCAGUAGCCUCAUCUUCCUCUGGAAACAGAUGUGACAGAACCAAGCAGCGACUGGCUCAGAGCCGGGCGCAGGAACCUCUGGACCAUGAAGUGUAUACUCUGACUGCAGGGUAUCUCUUUACCAGAAUCGGACCAUUUUAAUUUAUUAGACUGUUCAGUGACGAGAUGUUCUCAGUUCUCACGCUCAGUGUAGGUCCCACAGUGACCACAGGAGUUACAACGAGCAACUCUCCCACCUCUGUAGGAAUAGUAACAACAUUAUACUAGAGUGGUAUCAUUUUCAGAUAUUGUGUGCCUUUAUAUUCCAUGUAAAUUAGAUUUUGACCUGGAGAACCUUUGUGGGUUUAUGGAUGUUUGAUUCAGAAAUAAGAUAAGAAACUACAAUCCAUGCUUCUGUUUUGUAUUGUGCUGUUUUUUUUUCUCUUUUUUUUUUUUUUUUGUCCAGCAGGGACUCCAAUGAAUGUAACACAGCUACUGCUGCCUGCAAGGCUGCAGUUUGAUCCCCUGCUAUGCUGCAGGGUUAGACGGGGUCUCUCUGCUGGUUAUUUACCACAACAGCCUCUUACAGACAAACGACAUGUGAGUAAGACAUACUGUUAGGCACAUUAAGGCCAUUUGAAUGUAGCUACUUUUAGGUGAAACGUAUUCUUGCCUUUGUCCCUGUCAGUACCUCCAUGUACCUGUUCUUUUAGUAGCCUGCUACAGUGAUAAAGCUGUUGAUUGAGGGAGCAAACUGUACUCAUGCACUGUUACCAGGUCUCCUGAGACCAACACAGACCCUUUAUUGCAGGUCAUGACAAUAUUGUCUUGUCUGUUUUUAAUGUUGUUGUUUUUUAGCUGAAUUUUUCACUAUUGCAGCCCCAGAAUGCACACGUUACCGUCCCAGCGUUCGUAGAACAGGAUGUUUGAAACACUAGAAACACAUUUUCAAACUGCUAACACGUGGGAAUGUUGCAAGGAAUGUACUGUAGAGAGGAAAAUUACACCUACAGUGUUUUAGGUGGAGCUAAACAAUCACAAUGCGUGCUAACUCUGACCUGUUGAACGACUUCAGAUCUGCAAGGAGGCAAAAACAAAGUAUGCGUCAUUUCUAGAUGUCUGUUUGUAAUUUUGUGGCCAUUGAAACCAGUGAGAAACUUGGUGGGCAUGGUUGUUUUUUCCACUUUUUUAGUACAAUUUCCUUUUUCUUUUUUUUUUUUAAUCUUCAAACCAUCAAGCAGUAUGUGGUUAUUGGGAAUCCUUGUGAUAUUUUUUUUUUUUUCACUGACAAUGUUUCAGGUCUUAUUUUUGGAUCUGUCUGCUUGUGGGUAAACUGCUUGCCCUCUGGCAGCAAAAAGAAAAUUAGAGAAUCACUUAAAAUACAGAUAGCUUCCUCAUUCCUUUUCUUUUUGAGAUGUUUAUAUUAUUUAUUUUUAAGUAUCUCGCUGUGUUGUAUUACAUCAACUGCGAGGGACAAGCACAUUUUUAAAGGGACUCCAGUGAAGAUUUUUGUUAAAACUUCCACUUGGCCAGCCAACGAUGUUACUGAGCAAUAACUAACACUUUCUGCUUAUUUCUCAUGCUUUUAGUUUCUAACUGUAUAUACUGUAAAUGCACUGGCUUCUUUUAGUUAAUGCAAUUUUAUAAACGGCUUUGUGUACCAAAAGUAUUUUCACAAUAAAA